AUGUCGGCUCGUUACUUGGUCAACAGCGCUCUGCGCAGCCCAGCGGUGCUCAGACCCGCCGCUCCUUCUCUCACCCGAUCUGUCCCUCGCUCUUUCGCUAGCAUUGCUCAGAGGCAGGUGAGUACCUUGAAACGGACUUCCCGCGCGGUGGAUUUCGAUUGUGCUGGAUACAGCAGCGGCUCUCCCCUCGGUGUGCAGAUGCGCAAUAGUGGGCACCAAGGAAAUCGUGGGCAGGCGAUAUGCAGACACUUGCGCAUGUGCCCGAGGAUCGGGAUGAAUGGAGUCGGACCUUCGAGACCACCAAAACUGUCGGGACCCUCAGCGCCAUGUAGAGGCGGAUCAUCUACGAUUCGGAGGAAUAGCUGGAGCGUUCUGGCUGACCUGUCGUGUGCACUCCCGUUCUUCUUCCCAGCCCAUCACGCAGACCACGACCCUGCCAAAUGGUCUUACCGUUGCUACAGAGUCCAGUCCUUCCGCUCAGACGGCCACCGUGGGUGUCUGGAUUGAUGCUGGUUCGCGAGCAGAGACGGACAGGACCAACGGAACCGCGCAUUUCUUGGAGCACAUGGCCUUCAAAGGUGAGUCUGCACGUCGAACCACAUCCGAAGUGGAAAGAGAGGCGUACUGCGCACUAGAAGCGGACGCGGUCAGUGUUGGUUCUCAUCUAGCAUAAUCUUUUGCUCGUUCAUUGGAUUACAGGCACCGGUCGCCGUAACCAGCACGCCCUGGAGCUGGAAGUGGAGAACCUGGGUGCGCACCUGAACGCAUACACUUCCCGAGAGCAAACAGUCUACUACGCCAAGGCUUUCCGCAAGGACGUGCCCCAAGCAGUGGACAUCAUUUCUGAUAUUUUGCAAAACUCCAAAUUGGAGAACGGUGCCAUCGAGAGGGAACGCGACGUGAUUCUGCGCGAGCAGGAGGAGGUCGACAAGCAGUUGGAUGAGGUCGUGUUUGAUCACCUCCACUCCGUGGCUUUCCAAGGUGAGUCUGCAAAGGAGCACGGACACAUUAUCCCUUGCUUCUGCCUGCUCACGCGCCCCCGCGCGUCUCGCUUUCAUCUUGGCAGGACAAGCCUUGGGACGCACCAUCCUCGGACCCAAGGAGAACAUUCUCUCCAUCAAGCGCGACGAUCUCGCCUCCUACAUUCAGACCAACUACUCCGCCGACCGAAUGGUUCUUGUUGGCGCCGGUGGUAUUGAGCACGACGCCCUUGUGAAGCUGGCCGAGAAAAACUUUGGCAGCCUGCCCACUUCUUCCAACCCCAUCAAGCUGGGCAACACCGCUGGUCCCAAGACCAAGUUUGUAGGGUCAGAGGUCCGCAUUCGCGACGAUGACUCGCCCACCAUCAACCUUGCCAUCGCGGUCGAGGGAGCUGGAUGGUCUAGCCCUGACUACUUCCCCUUGUUGGUUCUGCAAGCCAUCAUGGGCAACUGGGACCGAUCUCUUGGAUCGAGUCCUCUGCUGAGCUCGCGCUUGUCUCACAUUUACUCUUCCAACAACUACGCCAACUCCUUCAUGCACUUCAGCACCUCCUACUCCGACACUGGUCUUUGGGGCGUCUAUAUUGUCUCGGAAAACUUUAUGAACCUGGACGAUGUGGUGCACUUCACCCUGAGGGAGUGGCAGAGGAUGAGCUCGGCGCCUACUGAGGGAGAAGUGGAGAGAGCAAAGAGCCAACUCAAGGCAAGCUUGCUUCUGGGUCUGGACGGAACCACCGCGAUUGCGGAGGACAUUGGUCGUCAACUCGUCACUACUGGUCGCAGAGCUACACCUGCGGAAAUCUCUGCCGCCAUCGAGGCUGUUGGACCUGCUCAGAUCCAACAAGUCGCCCGCAAGUACCUUUGUGAGUCACGUCCUUUUCAAUGAGGGGGUCUACUGUCUCCUUACACUCAUUCGCUCAUUCGUUCCAACAGGGGACGCUGAUAUCGCCAUCUCUGCUCAUGGUCGCGUGGAAGGAUUGCUCGACUACAGCAGAAGUGAGUACAAGGACAAGACCUAACAAACCGACUCGUGCAGCGACAUGUAACUUACAUGUCCUGCCCUAUGCACCCCCCAUCGCAGUUCGCAACGAUAUGUCGAGCAUGUGAGUAUGACAUGGGAUCUGGCCCACUCUGAGCAGCGAUUUUGAUGCUGAUGUUCUCGUCUUCUGAUCUCCGCAGGGUGUGGUAA